AUGUCACAUUUUAUUUUUGAAUAAACUGAGGCCCAAAAGAGUUUUUCCAAGUCACUUAACAGACAGUUCUCAAACACGGAUCAGUGUCUUCUGAGUACUUUCCACAUAUUUGUAGGAUCCAGAUGUUCAGUCCGUUAAAAGAUAAGCUUCAUUACUGUCGAGUUAUUCCUACCCAAUCCCAGGGAAGGAGACAUUUCUACUAGUCGGACAAAUUAUUUCGAAAAAAAGACAAGAAGCCUGCCAAACCCUCGGAACUGCAAACCAGCUCCUGCAGCUGCUCUCGGAGGUGGGAAAGAGGCAUGUGACAGCAGCCUUACUAUGAUCAUGUGAGAAGAGGCCGGGCCUGGGGUCCUAAGUCCAGUACCCCAUUGGCAUGAGACCAGAGUCCCUCCAGAGGGCUCCGAAACAGUUUCCAGAGGAGAUAGGAAGGAGAGGUCGCCUAAGACAGAAAAGCCACCCAAAUCCAUAUUCUGGAACCAGGCGAAGACUACCUCUCCGAAGAGAGUCCAGAUUUUCCGCAAGGCCUUGUGGGGCCUGUAGUCCGCGAGGGGCGAGAAGUCCGAGGACAGCCAGAAGGAAGAACUGCAUUCCCCGUCGGCCUCCGCGAUCCGCCCAAGUUGCCACUUCCUGUUUAGAGCAAGCUGGGGGACUGCUGCUUUUUUGAGUAGGGGCUGAGUGGCAGCGUUGUCUAGCCUUCCCUUGGGCUCUCUGCCCCCCCUCCUUUCGACCCCGGCAGGUAGACUCGACCCUCUCCCUCCUCUCUUUCACUCCCCAAAUACGUGAUCCAGCCUCCAUCCCAGAGGGCUACCGGGAUGCCUUGGAAAGGCUGAUCCUGAGAACCGCGCUCCCAGUCUGAAAAGAAUUUUUCAUAUUCUGGCCAACAGAAUUCUUCAGAACUCAGAGAUUUUAGAAGAGAGUUCACCUUUCAAACAUGGAUGAUGAUUCUAGACCUCUCCUCAUUUCUGAGGUGAAUAAUGAAGUAGAUUCCCAAAUUUUGAACAUCCAGUUUGACUCGGCAGACAUGAGAUCCAAAAGGCCUUUUCACGUGGAGCCUACAAACAUUGUCAGUAUGGCUACCGACACUAUAAGAGUCAGUGACUAUGCCUCUGCCAUGAACAACCGAAUUCAUUACUACAGCCGACUCACAUCUUCCUCUGGCAGGGCAUUGAUUGCUCCUGAUCAUGUGCUUCCAGACCCUGAGGAGCUCUAUAUAUACAGCCCACUGGGUUCUGCCUUUAAAAUGGAAUGCUACACAGAUGGCUAUGGUAAAAACACCAGUUUAGUCACAAUCUUCAUGAUUUGGAAUACUAUGAUGGGAACAUCUAUACUAAGUAUUCCAUGGGCAAUUAAACAGGCUGGAUUUACCACUGGCAUCUGUGUCAUCAUUCUGAUGGGUCUUUUAACACUUUAUUGCUGCUGCAGAGUAGUAAAAUCACGGACAAUGAUAUCUUCAUUAGAUACCUCUAACUGGGAAUUUCCAGAUGUUUGCAAAUAUUAUUUUGGCUCCUUUGGUCAGUGGUCUGCUCUGCUUUUCUCUCUGGUAUCUCUCAUUGGAGCCAUGAUAGUUUAUUGGGUGCUUAUGUCCAAUUUUCUUUACAACACCGGAAAAUUCAUUUUCAAUUUUGUUCAUCAUGUUAACAUCACAGAUAACAUCCUUAGUACAAAUGGUACCAAUCCAGUGAUUUGCCCAACACCUGGACAUAGUAGCCAACCUGACAAUUAUACCGUUGAUGUUUUCUCUGCCAAUAACACUGACUUCCAGCAGUUUGAAAAGUGGUGGGAUAAAUCGAAGACUGUGCCUUUUUACCUUAUCGGAUUACUCCUACCUCUGUUGAACUUCAAGUCUCCAUCUUUUUUUGCAAAAUUUAACAUUCUAGGUACUAUAUCAGUUCUCUAUUUGAUUUUCUUUGUCACCUUGAAGAGUAUCCAGUUGGGUUUCCAUUUGGAAUUUCAUUGGUUUAUAUCAACAGAGUUUUUUGUCCCAGAGUUUAGAAUUCAUUUUCCACAGUUGACUGGAAUACUCACUCUUGCUUUCUUCAUCCAUAACUGUGUUAUUACCCUCUUAAAGAACAACAAGAACCAGGAGAACAAUGUAAGGGAUCUGUCCAUUGCUUAUUUGCUGGUGAUGUUAACAUACCUCUAUGUCGGUAUCCUGGCCUUUGCUUCAUUUCCCUCUCCACCAUUAUCCAAAGAAUGCAUCGAGCAGAUUAGAUGUCCAUUCUCUGCUAGCAGCAAUGCAGUGAUCCAGAACUAUUCUGAGGGGCUCAUGAGAAAGAAGCUCUCCACGUCCAGAGGAAGAACUGUGGGAGCAGAAACACAGAAGAAACAAUGUCCUCGAUCACAUGGGUCGAUGGGGAUAGGACUGGGGAUGUAGACUCUAAACGAUCACUCUAGUGCAAAUAAUAAAAAUAUGGAAAUCAGUUCUGAACAAUGAUACAGGUAUAAUCCAGUGCAAUUGCUUGUCAGCUCAGGGAGGGGGGAGGGAAGGUGGAGGGGAAAUCACGAGUCAUGUAACCAUAGAAAAAUAUUCUAAAUGAAUUAAAUUUUUAACAAAAGAUUAGAUGUCCAAAGGGGCAGCUAGGUGGCACAGUGGGUAGAAGGCCAAGCCCAGAGUUAGGAAAAUUCAUCCUCCUCAUUUCAAAUCUGACCUCAUACACUAGCUGUGGGACCCUGCUCAAGUCACUUAACCUUGUUUGCCUCAGUUUCCUCACCUUUAAAAUGAACCAGAAAGGGAAGUGGCAAACCACUACAGUAUCUUUGCCAAGAAAACCCAAAAUGGGAUCAUGAAGAAUCAGACAUAACAGAAAACAAUUGAACAUCAACAAUAGCAUAGAGGUCAAAGCAUUGUGUGUAUAGUCCAAUGACGAUAUACUGUGCUAAAAGAAUACAAAAUAUGUCAACAUUGUCAGACUAGAUCUUAUCGCUACAUUCCCCACUCACAGGAUAGCAACAGUCUGAAAAAUUCGAAAAUUUAGAACUGAAUGUCUCAUCACAGCAGAAUCUCUUGAAAAAAAUAAAAAUUGAAAAUGAAGUUGUUAUAAUCCAAGUAAGUUUCUGAGUGACUAGUUUGUUAGCCAAGCAAGGGACAUUGUUACAGUAGGGACUUAAUGAAAUCAUGUUUGAUUGUAGCAACCUAAGAAACAUGUACAGAGCAAAUAGAUUUGUUUAAGCCAGUUUGCUUUUGGCUCAAUUAAAAUGAUAUGCACUGACCUAAAAGAAGAGAUAUAAGGCAAUACUCCUAACCCACCCCUUCAUGGAGGUGGGAGGUACAAAAUCUGUUCCAUGUUGCCCAUAUUUUUUUAACAUUUUCGAUAUAUUGAUGGUUGUGCUGAUUUUUUCCUCUACUUUUUCUUUUUCCUCCAUCUUUAAAAAAUAUUUUUUGUUAUAAGUGAUGGCUCUCUAGGAUGAGAAGAGAUAUAGAAAAAUAUACUAUGAUGUAUAAAACAAAAGAUAUAAAUAAAAACUUACUGAAAAAAGAAUAAUAUGCUAGUGUAUUGAUGUCAGUAUUUGGCAAUAACUAUGAAAAGAUAUUUUCAAUGUGAUCAGCAGUAACAGAUGAACAUGUGCAAUCAAUUUUAACGAUAAAGAAUAGUAGCUCAGGGCAAGAACAAUGAUUUUUCUUUUAUUUUUGUCCUCAGCAUUUACACAGUUCCUGGCACAUUUAUUGUUGUUCAGUUAUUUUUCAGUCCUGUCUGACUCUUAGCAAAGAUACUGGAGUGGUUUGUCAUUUUGUUAUUACAUGUAACUGGAAAAAUAAAAUAUCUUUAUAAUAGAAAUAAAGAAAUAAAUAAAUGUUUUUUGACUUUAAUAAUCUUGACCAAGGAAAAUUUCAUAAUAUGAAAAACAUAGUUACAUCACUCAGGUUUAGGUAUUUCAUAUCAUCAGUUCAAAACAAUAGUUGCUUAAUAUUGGAAAAUCACCUCCCUAAAGUCAUGCAAUCUGUCCUCUAAGACCAUUUCCUUCAAGUGCUCUCUUCCUGAUCCUCACCUACCUCUUCCCCCCUCCCACUAACCCUCCAAAAGCUGGUCACAAAAGAUCCCUUCCUUCUGGUCGGUCACUUGCUUUAUCCCUUCAGGAGAAGAGGUGAAAGAUCUUAACUAGAAUUGAGGUAUUCUCCUCUAAAUCUGGCUACCACCCUUAAGCUAGUUUCUGAGGCCAGUGCUUUCCUCCUUGAUCUUUUACACACUUUCCUUUUAAAAAAAAAAUAGAAGUUGGAAGGAGUCAGCAUAAGGGAAUUUCAAUGGAAAAUAACUUUAGUGGAAGACAUUGUUUCCUGACAAGCUUGACUAAGUACUGAUAAAAUCUCCUUCCUUCAGCUAAAUAUGGAAAGGAUAUUAGUUAGACAUGAGAAAUGUUUAUUUCAUAUUUUCAUUUAAAUUAAAAAUGAGUUUUUAAUAGGCUUCAUAAUUCUUUUGAAAGGAAGCAUGAGUGCUAGGUUUGGAUUCAGGGAACCUCAAUACUGAAUAUGUGGCCAUGAACAAGAGAUUUUACCUCUCAGCCUUAGUUUCUUCAUCUAUAAAAUGGGAAUUAGAUUAUUUACACUUAAGGAAAGCAUUCCAUAAUAGCCUUAGAAUGUUACCAAAAUGUCUGUUGUUGUUUCAGAUGUCCUGAGAAUUAUUUUAGCUCUCAUACAUUUAAAUGGAUUGAGAAUUGUUUGGGGCAAACUGAAUUUGACAAAGUAUUUCCUUCUAAAUUUCAGAAAGGGAUCUUCCUCAGUUGGCAUAUAAUAAAAUCCACUGGUGGUUUAUGCCAAAAGAAUUCUAAAAAUUAUGAUUUCUCCAGUUUCAGCAAUGCUUGUUUGUAUACUGUACUAGGUCACCAGCUUCUGCCCUGAAGGAGUCUGAGGGGAGUACAAUAUGGUCACAAAUUUUAGUUUUAUUCGAGGGAAGAAUGUGAUAAGAUCCAAGCAAAGAGCUCUAAGAAAAUUUGAAGAGGGAGAAAAUCCCUUCCAAUUUAGGGCUGGUGUUAGGAGAGAAGGUGAUCGAGAAAGGUUUCAGGGAGUUGAAACCUGAGCUGGAUUUGGGAAGAAGAGAAUUUCAGCAGGCAGAAGGGUAGAAAUGCAUGUUAAGUUUGGAGUAUGGCUGCCUGCAGGUGAGAGAAUUUAGAUUUUGGUAAGGAAAAUGACUCAGUCCAGUUCGGUUAGAAUAUGUGACUCAUUAAGGGGCAUAAUGUGAAAAGGAUCUAAUAAGACAGCUGGGAGCCAGAUUGUAGAAUGCCUUUAAUGCCAAGCUGUGUUUGUAUUUUAUCCUAUCUUCAAAGGCAAUUAGAUGGCCCAGUGGAUAGAGAUACUGAGCUUUGGUCCUGGAGUCAAGAAUACCUGGGUUCAAAUGGUGUCCAUCCCCAGACACUUGAUAGCAUGUGACCCUGCGCAAGUCACUUCACCCUGUUUGUCUCCGUUUCUUCAUGAUGGAGAAGGAAAGGGCAAACCACUCCAGUAUCUUUGGCAAGGAAAGGCCAAAUGGGUUCAUGAGGAGUUGGACGCCACUGAACAAUGACAACAACAGGGUGUGGUUCAUCCCUUCUUCCCCUAUGAGCUCCCAAGGACUGUGUCCUUCUUUAUCUUUUGUACCCCCAAUGUCUAACCCUGAACCUUGCUCACAGGCCAUAUUUAAGAACUGUUUCUAGUUCAUUUGAAGAGAUGCUCAAUGACGUUAAGUGCUUUGGGAAAGUAAAGAAGGGGGAAGCUUGAGAAAUGUGGUGGAAAGGAGGGUUUGGCAGUUAGAUCAUUGGAGAAAGACGAUGGAAGCCCACCUCCAGGGGAUCAGCAAGUGAUGGCUAUCACUGUGUUGUUAACUUUAAUUUGCUUUAUAGAGGAAGUAUAGUUAAUAGUCACAAAUAUGUAAGAAAUGUGGUCCUACCUCUGGCCCAGCCUGACGGUGACCAGGGAUGAGUCAUUUACCUCUCUGUCCCCCACCCCACCCCACCCCAGGGCGACUUUCUUAGGCUGUAAAUUGACUGUAGCCGCAGGUCUGAUUGGCAGAGGGAGUUUUCUAUGAAAGGUUCAGUCAGGUGGGGAAAAAAUUAAAUUAUUGUUCUCACAUGAGCUUUGGAUGUUCGUUUCUGUUCUUAGCUACAGAAUCUCUUUCUAAUAUACAGAAUAUUUACUGGGAUUUUUCAUUUCUAAUGAGCAAACUGACCCCGUUAUCAACCUAUAGCUGUUUCUCUCAACCAGCAUGUAUAUGGAACAAAUAUACGAGACAAAACAUCAAGCCAUUUGGGGAGGCAAGAAUGGAAACAGGAAGCAGGAAAAUUAGGCCUUUCCAUUUGGAGAUGAUGCUGAACGAUAGAAGCCUCCACAAAUUACAUGAGAUAUUGGGAAAAUGAUUGCGCUUUUUCACAGAAUCACUAGGAAUGAUGUGAGGAUUGAACUAAAAUGGUCAUUUCGAAUAGACAAAAGCCUAAUACACUAUGUUAUACUGCUCUUAGGACCCACCCUAAAAAACAAGUCUUGCUCUUUUCAUGUUUUGUGUGAAUUUACUUGUUAAGAAUUGUGUUGACAUUUUCUUUACUAAUGUCCUU